AUGUCAGAGCUUUUUGUGACAGUUUCUGGUCUGGUGAGAAAGGAUGGCCCUUCUACCUGCGAUGGAUUUGGGGGCAAAAGUUUUUCGCCAAAGAGGUGCCCACAUGACAUUGAUGACCGGGUGGUGGUUAAGAUGACAAGUGAUCAGUGGACCCACGUAGCUGCAAAGUCAAGUUACUUCAUCGUCCUACAUGCCCAAAUGAUUGAUGGUUGUUUGGAUACAACAUGUGGUGGUGCAGGAAUUCUUGCCUCAUCUUGCGCUAGGGCGAAGUCCAUGGAUGAAGGUGUACUCACAUCUUUCGAACUUUUCUCUGGAGGAUUCAGCGGAUGGACUCAUGCGAUCAGAAGGUUGCAGGAGUUAGGGUAUGGUUUCUCUCACAGGAUUUCAUUGGAUUUUGACUUGGAUUGCUCAGAGAUGUAUUGCAAGUCACACGGCUUUAGGCAUGUCAUCGGCCCCCAGGACUUUGACUGGGGCAACAGUGCAAUUCCUGAGAAUCUUUUUGUCAUUUCCGACAUUUGUGAAUAUGGUUGGUGCCAUCUCUUGCCAGACGAAAGUUAUGACUUUGCCACUGCAAGUCCACCGUGCCCAGCAUGGAGUCUGGCCACUGCCUGCCCUGGACUGCUUCGUCAUGAAGGUAGACUUUCGUUGCAUGGCCUGGGAUUAUUCAAUUUGAUCCGACCCCGUGCAUUCGUGCUUGAAAUGGUGGCCUCCAUGAAAAACCAUGAACACUGGCCCUUGAUCCGACAGUUUGUACAGGGGAUGCGAUUCACAAUCCGUAGUGCAGCAACUUUGAACCUGUCUGAGAUUUUCCCUCAGCAUCGGGAAAGGCUCAUCAUGAUUUGCACGAAUGAUGACUUUGAGCAUUCGCCACAUCGAUGCCUGUCUUGGCCUGCUGUCCAAAGACAAACUUUGGAGUCUUUCAUGAAUCUCAUGAGCUUGACCUCACCUUGGUUGGAAGAUACAGUCAUCCGUCCUGAGAUUCUUGCCAUGUACAUGGAUCCAUGCCUGAUCCCAAAGUCUGUGCAGUCUAGGAAAGCCUCUGCCAAGAAGACAAGAAGGGAUGUUGAAACCCACCGGCUCAAGUACCCACAAUCGGUGUUUGGAUGCAUUUUGGCAAAUUACUCUUAUGGACAUUUGUUGCCUGACCAUUCACUUCGAAAUUAUGGCUUGUUUGGAUCAAUCCUUGCCUUGCCUGAGGGGUUGAGAUUCAUGUCACUACCUGAGGUGGUCAUUGCACAAGGGGGCCUGGUUGACAUGUGGUUACCGAAUGAUCACCGGAAAGCGAUGAGAAUGUUGGGCAAUUGUAUUGCAACGCCCCAUGCACUGGUGGGAAUUGUCAACACGAUGUGCCUUCUCAGAGAUGAUAUCAUUGGUGUGGAAGGACAGGAACUCAUGAUUUCUGCCUUGGCUGGCCGAUUCACGGCAUUCAACUUGCGAUUCCAGCCCAGCAUGGAUGGUUGGCACUUGACCAAGGAUGAUGAAUCCUGUCUUCCAACUUUGCAGAUGCAUGCAACAUACAAGGUGACCUUGCGAUCCCCAAUGGAUGUUCGGUGUUUUUUUGCCGAAAGGGAAGUUCUGAUUACAGAAGCCAUUGCAUUCCUGACAGGUGACUCCAUGCCAGGUGAACUCUCGUUUUUGCCAGGUGGAAUUUUGGAACACAAAGUUGCCUUGCCGAACCUCAUGGAUGUCUCAGAUGAACCCAUGUGCCUUUUUGCAAAUGUGCCAAGCGCCUUGAGAAUCUCCAAAGACAAGUUUUCCACUUUGGAAAAUCAAGGCAAAUGCAUUUGCGUCUUGACGAAGGGUGGUAUCUACUUACUCAGACGGGACCAGGGUAUGACAGUACAAGAUGUCGUUACGGUGAUCAACCAUCACUGUGGCAUUGCAUGCACACACCUUGUGGGUUGCUUCGGAGAACGACACAUGAUGCAGACUUUGUGCCCGGACGCAGUUGUGGGUAGAGACAUUGAAACAGCUUGUGAUGAUCUGAGAGUUUUGGAUUACAUCUCCAUCUCAGUCAAUGACCAUGAUUUCAGUUUCCGAGCAAGUCAUGAUGCGUUGAAGGAAUUUUCGGAAUUACUUGUCUCAACGGGGUUGGGUGAAACAAUGCAGGCCUUUGGUUGGAUGUUUGUGGUGAACGCCAUGGAGAUCAUUGAGACUCAGGUGAACACAAUUCAUUUGAUGCAGAAACCUGGUUGCUUUUCCAUCACCCAUGAUGAGAUGACAUUUUGCAUUGCCUUGCAUUUUUUUCUUUUGAAGAUCAAGUCAUGGGAGACAAUGGGCAGAGAUCCGACGGUGAGAUGCAGGAUCAAGUUGUGGCAUGCAUGGAUCUGGGACUCCAUGGUUGAUAGGGCCAUUAGAAUGGAGAGGUUCAAUGUGGAGUGGGAGAAAAUCGCCACACUUUUCGGUAUCAGCCGUCCAUGGCGAUAUGUGAUCAACAACAGGACCAUCAACCCUGAUUGGCCUUUGGGAAACUUCUUUGAAAACAUGGAUGAUGGCAGCGCAAUUCUCACAGUGCACAUGGUGUUGGGUGUGAAGGGAGGAGGUCCUGUCAGACUUUUGACCUCCGCCCAACUGGCUGACACAGGCAAUCUUUCCAAUCUGGCAGAGUUUGAAGCACAGAAUUUUGAAGGCACUGACCUCAAAGAGUGCACACGUUUUGUGGAUGCAAUCAUCAAGUCUGCAGGCCACUCUGCUGGCCUUUUACACCUUGCCCACACCAUGCAUGUCAAACCACCCGAAGUGACUCCCAGACAGCAGAAGAUGCAAAAAAAGCUGGAGGGCAAAUUUUCCGGCCCUGAUCGCAUUUCAGCAGAGGAUAUUCGAGUUGAUGCCUUGGUUCUUCAAUCAGGAUGUGUUCGGAAUGCUGAUGGCACUGAGUGUUUGCAGGCCAUGAAGGUAUCACCCAACUCUUCAGGCAUUGUCAUGAUGCGAUACAGCGAUGCAAAACCUUGGAUUGUCGCUCAAGAGGUCAUUUCACAAGAUGAACUGGUGGUGGCCGUAGUGGGUCCUUGUGGCGAAAACUCUGGGACCUGUCAGAAAGCUCAGAUUCCAGUCAUGCAUGGGGAUGACCCUCUCAUCAUCCAAGUUUGCUUACACAACUUAGGAGCCAAAUGUGUGACAUUGCAGUAUGACGAACAUGACAUGAUUCCGGAAAUUGAGUCACAGGUCAUUUGUAUGACCGCAUACAAGGAGGAGAUUGAAACCGAUCUGUGGAACAGACUGAUUCAUUCCCCGGUCAGGGUGAUGUCACAACUCCUUUUUGGGGAUCAAAGCGAUGUCAGCUUUCUUACUCCACCAUGGGGCAGGUCGUUCCAGAUGGAUGGGAAAAAAGCUGACCCAGAACAUGCAACAACGGUGCAAUUCCAUGGCCGCAUUGCAAAGGAGCAUCUGAGGCGCGUUUUGAGAGCCUCAGGGACUUCUGGCAUUUACACAACACCUAAGGGUGAGGACCGCAAAAUUUCAGGUGACUUCCGCAUUGUCUGGCUUCAGCAGAGCCCUGUUGAGAUCACCAUCAGUGUGUCCAAAUGUAGUAACCAUCUUGGCAUUGUGAGAAGUGCAAGGGGCAGUUUGCACAACAGGGGCAUUCGAUUUGAAAAGAAUGAUUUUGCUGGGGCAUUCAAUUUGCUUCGACCUGAUGAUUCACUCCCCAAUUUGGUGGCUGCAAAUUUUCACUUCAAAGUGCAACCGGUUCCAGGAGGAUCUACAGCAGAACAAGUACAAGCAUGGAUCACGGCACGUGGUUGGGAUGCUAAACCAGUCAAAGCUCUCACUGGGAAUGCAUGGCUGUGUGCCUCGGAAAACCGGUUUUCCGAGACAUUUGCGCAGUGGAAUGACAAAUCAGUGCUGAUCAAGUGGAUCGAACCAAAGGAGAACAGAGCUCCAGUUGACUCUCCAAUGCCUUUGGGUGGUGUUGAUCUGCAGAACAACAAUGACGAUCCUUGGAAGAAUUGGAUUGCAAAUCAGGGCGGAACAGGACUUCAGUCUUCUUCUCAUACAAGAUCUCCUGUGCUGAACCAGUCUGGACCUCUGAAUGGGAGGAAAAUUGAGGCUCCCAUCGAAGACCGUUUUUCCAAACACUCAGCGGAAAUGCAGGACAUGCGUGACAAGACUGAUCGUGAGAUCAAUGCAAUGAAAGAGAACAUGCAGAAACUUGAAAAAUCAAUCCAUGACCAUGGAGUUCAAUUGCAAGCCAACAGUGACCAAUGCAAGAAUGAGUUUGCCACCAUACGCGCAGAAACACAGAGUCAACUGGGCAACAUGGCCAACAUGUUCCAUGAUUCCCUUCAGAAGGCUCUUGCAGGACAUGACAAGCAGAUGAGCAGUCAAUUUGAUGAAAUCAAACUUCUCCUUUCUGCAAAAUCGACCAGUUCUCCCGUGCCCAAGCGAGCCAAACAGAAUGCUCGCGACAAUGAUGAUUCCAGCUUGUGA